AUGGGACUUCAAACUAUGGACGAAUGCGGUCAAAGGAGCCUAGUGAGGCUUCGAGGGGGGAGGAAGGAGAGAGAAGGAAAGGAUAUAGAGUUUGUGACAGGAGACGGCAGGACGAUCGACGUGAAGCAGGAUGGGGAAGUGUCAGUUAGAGGGUCGCGCGAUGGCAGAGACGCCAGGGCAUGGACCAACUUUCCGAAGGAGAAGUCGGAGAGGAGAAUACAAGGAGAGAUUCGGAGGGAGAGGAACCGUUUGCUGUCAGAGAAGAUGCUGCAAGAAGCCAUCUCCACCGUUCCCGCCAAGGACAAGUUCGUCUAUGAAGAUCCAAACUGGAAGAUAAACCGAGUGAGGAUGGAGUACGCAGUCCCGAGAGAGACCGUGGACGAGAAGUAUGAAAGGGUCAAGAAGUACAAGGCGAUUGCCACUGUGGAGAAAGACUUUCUCAUAGUCAGUAUCUCCUCCUCGUUCUACUCCUCCUCCUCCACCACGGAGGCAGAGGAGAAGGAGGAGCUGGGAGAGGGACAGAAUCAGGAGGGAGGUGAAAGACGAAGAUGGACUCAGAGUGGUUCGGCGCUCGAUGCAGCAUGA